AUCGAUGUUCAACGGAGGUGUGUCACUCAAGGUCAAGGAUACUCUUUCGAAACAAACAAAUAAUCAUGUCGAUGAAAACGACCUCCCCGUUGUUUAAGUUAAUUUUCAACACAGGUGCUCGGUAUACAGCUUGCAGGACUCAAGGAACUGUUGCACAUGCACAAAAGAGCGAGAAAUCUGCUGCAAAAUCAACAGCAAAAUUCAACUGGCAAGAUGCACUAAACCUAGAAAACCAGUUGACAGAAGAAGAGAAGAUGGUUCGAGAUUCCUUUCGAGCUUACUGUGACAACAAACUCAUGUCUCGAGUACUCAUGGCCAACCGACAUGAAAAAUUUGACCCAGAGAUUGUUCCAGAAAUGGGAGCCAUUGGAGUCCUAGGCCCCACCAUUAAAGGUUAUGGUUGUGCUGGGGUUUCUUCCGUUGCAUAUGGUCUCAUUGCUCGAGAAGUUGAGAGAGUGGACAGUGGCUAUAGGUCAGCUAUGAGUGUCCAGUCCUCACUUGUCAUGCAUCCUAUUUAUGCUUAUGGCACAGAAGAACAGAAGCAAAAGUAUAUACCAAAACUAGCUAAGGGAGAGCUGAUUGGUUGCUUUGGACUAACAGAGCCCAAUCACGGCAGUGAUCCAUCAUCCAUGGAGACAAAAGCCAGAUACAACCCCUCAAGUAAAACCUUCACACUCAAUGGGACAAAGUCAUGGAUUACAAAUUCCCCCAUUGCGGAUGUAUUCAUUGUGUGGGCUAAGUGUGAUAAAGACAAUGACAAAAUUCGAGGGUUUAUCCUGGAGAAAGGUAUGAAGGGACUGACAGCACCAAAGAUCGAGGGUAAAUUCUCCCUCAGGGCCAGCAUCACAGGACAAAUCGCAAUGGAUGAUGUGGAGGUCCCAGAGGAAAAUAUGAUGCCUAACAUCAUUGGUUUAGGGGGUCCCUUUGGAUGUCUUAACAAUGCUAGAUAUGGAAUUGCUUGGGGAACACUUGGUGCAGCUGAAUUCUGUCUGGAAGCUGCUCGACAGUACACAAUGGACAGAUUUCAAUUUGGAAAACCUCUUGCCAAAAAUCAACUUCCACAGAAGAAGAUGGCAGACAUGCUCACAGAAAUCUCAAUCGGCCUUCAGGCCUGUUUACAGGUCGGGAGGUUAAAGGACGAGGGAAAAGCAACACCAGAAAUGAUUUCAAUGAUCAAGAGAAACUCGUGUGGCAAGGCCCUGGAUAUUGCUCGCGUAGCUCGAGAUAUGCUCGGAGGAAAUGGAAUCUCGGAUGAGUACCACGUCAUCAGGCAUGUCAUGAACCUGGAAGCUGUCAACACAUAUGAAGGCACACACGACAUCCAUGCCUUGAUUUUGGGUCGAGCGAUCACCGGUCUUCAGGCUUUUACAGCGGACUAAGGAUCAAGUGAAUUUAUUUAAUUGGUGUCUGUGAUAAAAAAACCCUGAGUCAUUGAAU